AUGGCUCGUGGAGUCGUGAUCUUCCUGUGUAGCUGGGUCCUGGCUUCCUGUGAUGGGUCCAACCUGGAUGUGGAGAAACCCACUGUGUUCAGAGAGGAUGCAGCUGGCUUUGGGCAGACCGUGGUCCAGUUUGGUGGGUCUCGACUCGUGGUGGGAGCCCCUCUGGAGGUGGUGGCAGUCAACCAAACAGGACAACUGUAUGACUGUGCACCUGCCACUGGCACGUGCCAACCCAUCUUACUGCCCACUCCCCUGGAGGCUGUGAACAUGUCCCUGGGCCUGUCCCUGGUAGCUGCCACCAAUCACUCCCAGUUGCUGGCCUGUGGUCCAACCGUGAAGAGAGCUUGUGCGAAGAACAUGUAUGCCAAAGGGUCCUGCCUCCUUCUAGGCUCCAGCUUGCAGUUCAUCCAGGCGGUCCCUGCUACCCUGCCAGAGUGUCCAGUACAAGAGAUGGACAUUGUUUUCCUGAUCGACGGCUCUGGCAGCAUUGAUCAAAGUGAUUUUAGCCAGAUGAAGGCCUUUGUCAAAACGCUGAUGGGCCAGUUUGUGAGCACCAACACCUCGUUCUCCCUGAUGCAGUACUCAAACAUCCUAAAGACCCACUUUACCUUCACCACAUUCCGGAGCAGCUCGAACCCCCAGAGCCUGGUGGAUUCCAUCGUCCAGCUGCAGGGCCUGACGUUCACAGCCACAGCCAUCCAGGAAGUGGUGAAAGAGCUAUUUCAUAGCAAGAAUGGGGCCCGCAAAAAUGCCAAGAAGAUCCUCAUUGUCAUCACGGAUGGGCAGAAAUACAGAGACCCCAUGCAGUACAGUGAUGUCAUCCCCGAGGCAGAGAAAGCUAAGAUCACUCGCUAUGCUAUUGGGGUGGGGGAUGCCUUCCAGGAACCCAGUGCCCUGCAGGAGCUGAACACCAUUGGCUCAGCUCCCCCGCAGGACCACGUUUUCAAGGUGAACAACUUUGUAGCACUCGGUAGCAUCCAGAAGCAGCUCCAGGAGAAAAUCUUUACCAUUGAGGGGACUCAAUCAGGGACAAGCAGCUCCUUUCAGCAUGAGAUGUCCCAAGAAGGUUUCAGUGCGGCUUUCACCAUGGAUGGACCAGUUCUGGGAUCUGUGGGAAGCUUCAGCUGGUCUGGAGGUGCCUUCCUAUACCCCAAAAAUAUGAGACCCACCUUCAUCAGCAUGUCUCAGGAGAACGUGGACAUGCGGGAUGCUUACCUGGGUUACUCCACCGCACUGGCCUUUCGGAAGGGGGUCUACAGCCUUGUCCUGGGAGCCCCUCGCCACCAGCACACGGGGAAGGUUGUCAUCUUUACCCAGGAAUCUAGGCAAUGGAGGCCCAAGUCUGAAGUCAGCGGGACACAGAUCGGCUCCUACUUUGGGGCCUCCCUCUGCUCUGUGGACAUGGAUGGAGAUGGCAGCACUGACCUGGUCCUGAUUGGGGCCCCCCAUUACUAUGAGAAGACCAGAGGGGGGCAGGUGUCUGUGUGCCCCAUGACCAGUGGGAGGAGCAGGUGGCAGUGUGAGGCCACUCUCCACGGGGAGCAGGGCCAUCCUUGGGGCCGCUUUGGAGCAGCCCUGACAGUGCUAGGGGACGUGAAUGGGGACCGUGUGACAGAUGUGGCUAUUGGAGCACCUGGAGAGGAAGAGAACAUGGGGGCCGUGUACAUAUUUCAUGGAGCCUCAAAACUGGAUGUCAACCCCUCGCCCAGCCAGCGGGUCACUGGCUCCCAGCUCUCCCUGAGGCUCAAGUAUUUUGGGCAGUCACUAAGUGGAGGUCAAGACCUUACCCAGGACGGCCUGGUGGACCUGGCCGUGGGAGCCCAGGGACACGUGCUACUGCUUAGGAGUCUGCCUUUGCUCAAAGUGGAGAUUGCUAUAAGAUUUGACCCCGCGGAGGUGGCAAAAGCUGUGUACCAGUGCUGGAAAAAGAUUCCCACUGUCCUUGAAGCUGGGAAGGCCACUGUCUGUCUCACUAUCAGCAAAGGGUCACCUGACCAGUUAGGUGACGUCCAAAGCUCUGUCAGGUAUGAUUUGGCCUUGGACCCGGGCCGUCUGAUUCCUCGUGCUGUUUUUGAUGAAACCAAGAACUGGACUUUGUCUCGAAGAAAGACUCUGGGGCUUGGCGUUCACUGUGAAGUGAUAAAGCUUCUUUUGCCUGACUGCGUGGAGGACGUGGUGAGCCCUAUCAUCCUGCGCCUCGACUUUUCCCUGGUGGGAGACUCUGCUUCAUCCGGAAAGCUUUGUCCUGUGCUGGCAGUGGGCUCUCAAGACCAUGUGACAGCAUCUCUCCCAUUUGAGAAGAACUGUAAGCAAGAACUCCUGUGUGAAGGGGACCUGGGCAUCAGCUUUAACUUCUCAGGCCUGCAGAUGUUGGUGGUGGGAAGCUCCCCGGAGCUCACCGUGACAGUAACUGUGUGGAAUGAGGGUGAGGACAGCUAUGGAACGGUAAUCAAAUUCUACUACCCAGCAGGGCUAUCUUAUCGUCGGAUAAUGGAAAUACAGCAACCUCACCAGCGCCCACUCCGCUUGGCAUGCGAGACUGAGUCCACAGACCAGGAGAACCUGAGGAGCAGCAGCUGUAGCAUCAAUCACCCCAUCUUCCGAGAAGGCGCCAAGAGCACCUUCAUCAUCACAUUUGAUGUCUCCUACAAGGCCUUCCUGGGAGACAGGUUGCUGAUGAGGGCGGAGGCCAGCAGUGAAAAUAAUAAACCUGAAUCCAACACGACUGCCUUCCAGCUAGAGCUCCCGGUGAAAUACACUGUAUAUACAGUGAUCCGUAGGCAGGAAGAUUCCACAAAGCAUUUCAACUUUUCUUCUUUCGACGGGGAGAGAAGGAAAGAGGCCGGACAUCGAUAUCGUGUGAAUAACUUGGGUUCGUGGAAGCUGGCCGUCAGCGUACACUUCUGGGUCCCCAUCCUACUGAAUGGUGUGGCCGUGUGGGAAGUGGCUGUGACAACCUCACCAAAGGGUGUCUCCUGUGCGUCCCAGAAGGAACCCCCUCAGCAUUCUGACUUUCUGACCCAGAUUCAAAGGCGUUCUGUGCUGGACUGCUCCAUUGCUGACUGCCUGCACUUCCGCUGUGACAUCCCCUCCUUGGGCAUCCAGGACGAGCUUGACUUCAUUCUGAAGGGCAACCUCAGCUUCGGCUGGGUCAGCCAGACACUGCAGAAAAAGGUGGUGGUCCUGAGCGUGGCUGAGGUCACAUUUGACACAUCUGUGUAUUCCCAGCUGCCAGGACAGGAGGCGUUUCUGAGAGCCCAGGUAGAGACAAUACUGGAAGAAUUUGAGGUCUACGAGCCCAUCUCUCUCAUCGUGGGCAGCUCGGCGGGCGGCCUGCUGGUGCUGGCUCUCAUCACAGCCGUGCUGUACAAGCUUGGCUUCUUCAAACGUCGGUACAAAGAAAUGCUGGAUGGCAAGCCUGGGGCUCCUGCGGCAGCCGAUAACAGCUGUGAGACCCCACAUCUGCUUCCGUCCUAG